CAUCUUGAGAUCGACUCUUUGUUCACUGCGUCUCGUGGAGCUUCAGAGAAAAUGAGCGACCAGCUUUGUAAGCUUUUUGUCGGCGGGCUGAACGUGGACACCGACGACGAUGGCCUGCGCAAACACUUCGAGCAGUACGGGAGUCUGACCGACUGCGUGGUCGUCGUGAACAAGCAGCUGCAGCGCUCGCGCUGCUUCGGCUUCGUGACCUACUCCUCGCCGGAGGAGGCCGACGCCGCCAUGGCUGCCAGGCCGCACACCGUCGACGGAAAUGCGGUCGAGGUGAAGCGAGCAGUGGCGAGGGAAGACGCCAACAAACCCGAGGCUCUCGCCAAAGUGAAGAAAAUCUUCGUUGGGGGGCUGAAGGACGACAUCGAAGAGCAGCAUUUGACCGAUUAUUUCUCGCAGUACGGCCCGGUGGAGAAGUCCGAGGUGAUCUCUGAGAAGGAGACCGGAAAGAAGCGGGGCUUCGGCUUCGUGUACUUCAGCGACCACGACGCGGCCGACAAGGCGGUCGUGGUGAAGUUCCACACGGUGAACGGACACAAAGUGGAGGUGAAGAAAGCCCUGACGAAGCAGGAGAUGCAGGCGGCCAGCAGAACCGGGAUGGCGCCGAGGGGCAGGGGCCGAGGAGGCGGCAUGAGAGGAAAUCAAAAUGGCUACGGCGGCAGAGAUUAUGGCGGAAGCUACGGCUACGGAAAUGGCGGAGGCUACGGUGGCGGCGGCGGCGGCUACGGAGGGUACGGCGGACCGUACGGGGGUGGCUACGGCGAGCAGGGGAGCGGCUACGGAGGUGGUAACGGCUACAACGACUUUGGCAGCGGCUACGGCCAGCAGUCCUCCGGGUACGGGCCCAUGAAGGGGCCUUUCGGCGGCCAGAGGAGCGCCGCUCCGUACACGCGGGGCGGCGGAGGCGGCUACCCCCGGGGGGGCUACGGCGGCGGCUACUAAACGACCCGGGAACAUCCUCCCUGCAACAAGUCGCCCCCUGCCACGAUUUGGCCCCAAAACUCAGAGACCGAGACACCCUCCCGUCAGCCCCAAAGACCUCCGAUACCCAAACAGGUUGCUACGGUAACCUGCGCAGGAUGACAUCACCCUGAAUGGGAUGGGGUGUCUGUCCAUGCUGGUGGGACCCGGGCCUUCUACUCCUCAGGUGUUUCUGUUCCUGGAGAUUUCUGACGUUUCCAUAAGAUGUACGAGUGCAAAAUAAACUUUUAUAUUUUUAUCAA